CCGCAACAAUCAAACAGGCAAGAUGCAGAAAGUAAUCGCACUGUUGGUGAUCGUGGCAGUUUCGUCCAGUUUGCAGAGCCCAGUGGAAACUGAGUCACAAACCGAGCUGCAAUCCGAGGUGGAAUCCGCGGCGGAAGCUGUACCCCAACCAAACUUCGUUAUUCCCUUCUUUCCGGCAAAUUGGUACAAAUCCGUCGAGUACUGCAACUACCUCGGACUUCGGCUGGCCGUGAUCGACUCGAAGGAAAAAGAAGCCAGUCUGUACGCGGCCGUCAUGGACUCGGAUGUCUACUCCGACGGGAGCAAUCUGGUCUGGGUGGGGGCAAGUGAUCUGGCCGACGAAGGAAGCUUUCACUGGCAUGGGACCGGCCGGCGGGUUGUCUACUCGAACUGGGCCGAUCGUCAGCCGGACAACGGCGAAAAGAUCGAGCACUGCGUCGAAGCUGGCCUGCACGAAUAUUACCGGCUGAGCAUGAAGUGGCAGUGGAACGACCGGGACUGCAAGGUUAAUCGUUACUUUGUGUGUGAGAAGUAUUAGAAGGAUUUGCUCAGCUUGAUAGCGAAAGGAUAAAUAACUGAUACGACGAAAUAAAAAGAAUCUUUUGAUAAAUA